AUGUCAAAAUCAGAAGAUCAUUUAAAUAUCGACAUACCAACUCAUCAAGUUCCAUCGCGCCUCUUACCUGCUCAUCCAAAACCUCAUGUCAACAGCUUUGAAAAUUAUAAGCAACUUUAUAAUGAAAGCAUUACUAAACCUGACCUUGCUAAUGAAUUGCUUUAUUGGCAUAAACCAUUUGAAACUGUUGUUUCCGGAGGUUUUGAACAUGGCGAUGUCGCUUGGUUUCCUGAAGGUGAAUUGAAUGCUUCUUACAAUUGUGUUGAUAGACACGCAUUAAAGAACCCUAAUAAGGUUGCUCUUAUUUAUGAAGCCGAUGAAGCAUCUGACUCACGUAAAGUCACUUAUGGUGAAUUGUUUCAUGAAGUUAACAGAUUGGCUUUAACUUUGAAAUCAUAUGGUUUGAAAAAAGGUGACACUGUAGCCAUCUACAUGCCAAUGGUACCUGAAGCUGUAGUAGCAUUUUUGGCUUGUGCAAGACUUGGUAUAGUUCAUUCUGUUGUCUUUGCUGGUUUCUCAUCUGAGGCAUUACGUGAUCGUAUCAUAGAUGCUUCAAGUACAUUGGUCAUAACUUCAGAUGAGGGUAAACGGGGUGGUAAAACAAUCAACAUCAAAAAAAUUGUUGACGAGGCUGUAAAAGAUUGUCCUUGUGUGAAAAAUGUCUUGGUGUUCCGUCGUACUGGCAAUCCUGUACCUUUCUCUGCUCCGCGUGAUAAGUGGUGGCAUGAGGAAAUUGAAAAACAGAGACCUUAUUGUCCAUUUGAGAUUGUUAAUUCUGAAGAUCCAUUGUUCUUAUUAUACACAUCUGGUUCAACUGGUAAACCAAAAGGUGUCUUGCACACUACUGGUGGUUAUUUAUUAGGUGCUGCUGCUACUUUGAAAUAUGUUUUUGACUAUCAUGAAGGCGAUAUCUUUGCAUGUAUGGCUGACAUUGGUUGGGUAACUGGUCAUACCUAUAUUGUUUAUGGUCCGUUGGCAAAUGGUGGCACAACCGUAUUGUUUGAAUCAACUCCUAUAUAUCCAACACCAAGCAGAUAUUGGCAAGUGGUAGAAAAAUACAAGGUCACUCAAUUCUAUACCGCACCGACAGCUAUCAGAUUAUUAAGAAAAUUUGGUAAUUCAUACGUUGAAGGUCAUGACCUAUCAAGUUUAAGAGUUAUUGGAUCAGUUGGUGAACCUAUUAAUCCUGAAGCAUGGGAAUGGUAUUAUGAGGUUGUUGGUAAAAAACAAUGUUCAGUAGUUGAUACUUAUUGGCAAACUGAAACCGGUUCGAUCAUAAUUACACCACUACCUGGUUGUACACCAACCAAACCUGGUUCUGCAACAUUCCCAUUCUUUGGUAUUGAACCUGCUAUACUGGAUCCUGAAAAUGGCAAUGAACUUAAGGGUAAUUGUGUGGAAGGUGUAUUAGCAAUCAAAAAACCAUGGCCAUCAAUGGCCCGUACAGUUUAUAAGAAUCAUAAUAGAUAUUUAGAUGUUUAUUUAAAACCAUACAAAGGUUAUUAUUUCACCGGUGACGGUGUUGGUGUAGAUAAGGAUGGAUAUCUGUGGAUUAGGGGUCGUGUAGAUGAUGUAAUCAACGUUUCAGGUCAUAGAUUAUCAACUUCAGAAAUCGAAUCAGCUUUGAUCACUCAUCCAGGUGUAGCAGAGACAGCCGUUAUUGGUGUUCAUGAUGAUUUAACAGGCCAAUCUGUAAAUGCUUUUGUUAUUUUGAAAUCAGAUAAGGAAUCAUUAUCCACCGACACCAAAGAUUUAACCACACAAGUCCGUAAAGUAAUUGGUCCAUUCGCUACUCCAAAGAAAAUAUAUAUUGUAAAUGAUUUACCCAAAACUAGAAGCGGGAAAAUUAUGCGCAGAGUUUUGCGUAAAGUUGUUGAUAACAAAGUUGAAAAGUUGAGCGGUGAAAAGUUGCGUGAAAAGUUGGGUGAUUUAAGUUCUUUGGCUGAUCCAACAAGUCCAUCAUCAUUUUUCAAACAAGCAGCAGCAACAACAACAAGGAAUUAUGUUUCAAUUUGUGAAAACAAUCUUUCCGAAUAUCCAAAAUAUGAUGUUAUAGUAGUUGGGGGAGGUCAUGCUGGUUGCGAAGCUUCGGCUGCUGCUGCACGUACAGGAGCAAAGACAUUGUUGGUGACGCAAGUACUCGAUACAAUUGGUGAAAUGUCAUGUAAUCCAUCAUUUGGUGGAAUUGGAAAAGGUGUUUUGGUUAGAGAGAUUGACGCAUUGGAUGGAUUGUGUGGUAAAAUAUCUGGAAUUCAAUUUCAAAUUUUGAAUAGAUCAAAAGGACCUGCAGUACAAGGUCCUAGAGCACAAAUGGAUAGGAAGUUAUAUAAAAAAAACAUGCAAGAAUGUAUAUUUAAUUAUCCUAAUUUAAAAGUAUUAUCUGCUAGUGUUUAUGAUCUUGUUAUUUUUUAUGACAAAGAACAAAAAUCAGGUGAGAUUAUAAACGCGCAUAAAGUUAUAAUUACAACAGGAACUUUUCUUCAAGGAGAAAUCCAUAUCGGUAAGACAGCAUAUCCAGCUGGAAGGUAUAACGAAGCACCGUCUCUUGGGCUUUCAAAAACAUUAGAACUUGCAGGGUUUAAACUUGGCCGUCUUAAAACAGGAACUCCACCUCGUUUGGAUGGUAGAACAAUAGAUUAUAAAAAUUUAAACCCUCAAUAUGGAGAUGUUCCUGCCACGCCAUUUUCAUAUAUUCACACUUCUGUACCUCAUGAGAAAAAUCAAAUUGUUUGUCAUCAGACAAAGACAAACCUAGAAACACACAAAAUAAUUAAUGACAACCUUUCAGAAACAAUUCAUAUAAGAGAGACGGUGAAAGGUCCUAGGUAUUGUCCUUCCAUAGAAUCAAAAGUAAUAAGAUUUAAAGAAAAACAAGCACAUAUGAUUUGGCUUGAACCCGAAGGUCUUGAUACGUAUGUUGUUUAUCCUAAUGGAAUAUCGGUAACUUUACCAGAAAAUAUUCAACAUGAAAUGCUUAGAACUAUUAAUGGAUUAGAAAAUGUGAAAAUGAUAAGACCUGGAUAUGGAGUGGAAUAUGACCAUGUAGAUCCUAGAGAAUUGAAACCCACAUUAGAAACUAAUCGUAUAAAAGGAUUAUAUUUAGCGGGGCAAAUAAAUGGUACUACUGGAUAUGAAGAAGCAGCAGCACAGGGCAUUAUUGCCGGAUUAAAUGCAGGCUGUUCAGUUAAAAAUCGACCAGAAUUUAUUUUAGAUAGAUCUGAUGCAUAUAUAGGAGUGCUAAUAGAUGAUUUGAUAACAAGAGGUGUAGAAGAACCUUAUAGGAUUUUCACUGCAAGAUCAGAAUAUCGUUUGUCAUUAAGAGCUGAUAAUGCUGACAUGAGAUUAACGCGUAAAGGAUAUGAAAUAGGAUGUGUUUCAGAGCAUAGAUGGAAAAUAUACAAGGAGGUUGAAGAACAAUUUGAAAAAGGAACAACGUUAUUAAAACAAUUUUUAUUAUCACCACAAAAAUGGAAAACAAUCGGUGUUAAUGUGGCUUUUGAUGGUGUGGUUAGAAGUGCCAUAGAAAUUAUUGGGGCUCGUGGUGUAUCCAUUGAUUAUCUUGAAAAGUAUAUACCAAGGCUUUCGGAAAUUGAGAAAUCUGUUCAGCAACGAUUAUUGAUUGAAGCUAUUUAUGGAUCGUAUUUGGAAAAGCAAAAAUCGGAAGUUUUGGCAUUUAAAAAAGACGAAAAAGGAGCAGCAAAAAGAAUCGAUGGUAUGACACCUGCUAGUAUAAUGACAUUGUUAAAAUAUGUUUAUAAACAAAAGAAUUUGAAGGCGAUGUAA